AUGUCAGACGAUGUGCUCGCGGCCAUGGGUAUCUCUGGCUUUGGCAAGAAGCUGAAGCAGAGGCAGCUCGACCCAAACCGGUUCGACAAGAGCAGGCGGGAAGAUAAAGAAGAGCCUAGUACGUCGGCUCUGUCGCCCACGCUUGCGCCCGCGCAGGCUCCGCGACCACCACAGGAAGAGCCGGAGUUCGACCCAGACGACAUCGGGCCUCUGCCACAACCUCCGAAUGCUGGCGCGUCGGAUGAGGAGGGAGAGCCAGAGUUUGAUGCCUCGGACGACGAGGAGUCCGACCUGCCGCAGUUCCCCACCACGCACGCGCUGGUGUUCAAGGACCACACGAAGGUCGUCUCUGCUCUCACGCUGGAUCCGUCUGGGGCACGCGUGCUAUCCGGCUCGCACGACUAUGACUGCAAGCUGUGGGACUUUGGUGGGAUGGACUGGAGGUGUAAGCCGUUCAAAACUUGGGAGCCUGCGGGUACUUACUACAUACAUGACCUCAAGUACUCGAAUGACGGACAACAGUUCCUGGUCGUCUCGGGCACGAUGCAGGCGAAGUUGUACGAUCGGGAUGGCGCGGAGCUGGCCACUUUCGUUAAGGGUGAUCCGUAUAUCCGCGAUAUGAAGAACACUGCUGGCCAUGUAGCUGAGCUCCGCUCGUGCGCCUGGCAUCCGCAUGAUCCUCAAACCUUCAUAACAAGCUCAGUGGACUCGACCAUUCGGAUAUGGGACGUCGAAAACAAACGCAAACAGAAGACGGUAAUCGUAGUGAAGUCGAAGGAGAGGGGAGCGCGCACGAAGGUGACUGCGUGUGGCUAUUCGCCGGAUGGAAGCAUAAUAGGAGGCGCAUGUUGGGACGGGGCGCUGCAUAUGUGGCAGACGAAGUCAAACUUUGUGCGACCAAAUAUGACUAUCGAGGGCGCGCACACCAAGAACACGGAACCCGGGUCUCUCGUAUUCUCCGUAGAUGGACGGUCAGUCCUGACCAGAGGCGGUGAUGAUACGGUGAAGAUUUGGGAUCUUCGAGCGUUCAAGAAGCCCGUUGCGACCCGAGAUGGGCUCACUACGCUGUAUCCGACAACUAACGCGAUAUUCAGCCCCGACGACAAGUAUGUUGUCACUGGCGCUGGAGCGACGUCUAAGGGAGGCAAAGGUCGCCUCAUGUUCAUGCGUAAGGACAACCUUGAGUCAGUCAAGGAGCUGGAAGUGGAUACCACGCCUGUCAAAGUCUUUUGGCAUUCCAAGAUUAACCAGAUUGUAACAGGUUUGGCAAACGGCCAAAUCGGCGUUCUUUACUCACCACUUACGUCUAUCAAUGGCGCCAAGCUGCUGCUCAACAAAGGGCCACCCAGGAAAGCUACGAUCGAGGACAUGUCCGAUGCUGUUUCUGCGCCUACCAUCCUUACACCGCACGCUUUGCCCAUGUUCCGCGACGGCGAUGGGCUUGACCGCGGCAGCAAACGGAAACGAGAGAAAGAGCGCAUGGACCCCCGCAAGAGCAAGCGGCCGGAGCUGCCUGUUACUGGACCUGGUCGUGGAGGACGUGUUGGCGCAAGCGCAACCCAACACGUCGUGCAAAACUUGGUGCGGGACACAACAAGAGACCAGGAUGUGCGUGUCGCUUUUUGUCCACUUACGCCCCUUUUGCGUCAUCUGGGACGCAUUGCCUUUCAUUUGUCUCCGGCCUGGACUGGCCCCGAGGUUUCCCGCGUGCGUACGGUGGCCGACUGCCUGUCCUGGGCAGGCAAUGGUCCCGCACUCUCGCACAGACGCAGCAGCGAGGCUCGAAGACGGAUUCUGGUUUCUUCGCCUCCCGAAGGCGAAGGAAUCAUGAUUUGGCCGAACGAAACCGGCGCUUGCCGCUCAACGAGGCGCCUACCACGCGUUGCCACGGAAGACAGCUGA